AUGAGUGACACCACCCGACUUAAGAGUACGAUCUACGUUGGCGGCCUGGACCAGGGCGUGACGGCGCAUACACUGGCAGAGGCAUUUGUGCCUUUUGGAGAGGUAGUCGACAUCUCCCUGCCUAAACCAGAUGCCCCCAACAAAACUGGCGACAAGCACCGCGGAUUUGGGUAUGUGGAAUUCGACUUGCCACAGGACGCCAAAGAAGCUAUCGACAACAUGGAUGGCAGUGAACUAUACGGCCGCACUAUUAAGGUCGCACCUGCCAAGCCGCAAAGGGAUGCCAACGAGGGUCUGGGCAGCAAGACAGCUAUCUGGGAACAGGAGGGUUAUCUUGCCAAACAUGCAGUGAGCGAAGAGGACCGCCUCGCUGCCGACGAAGCACAGGCUGCGAAUGACCGCCCCCAAGAUCCAAUGGAGGGUCUCGAGCAACUUGAUGUUGCUGGGCCAAAGCCCGAGUGA